AUGGCGCCCUCAUUUGCUGGCUUGUCCGGCAAGCGGCUGUCCCUGACAGUGUCCACCAUUGCCACGAUGGGAUUCCUGCUCUUUGGUUAUGACCAGGGUGUCAUGUCAGGGAUCAUCUCGGCGAAGCCGUUCGUCAACAUUUUCACUGCUGCCAAGGGUGAUUCGACCAUGCAGGCUCUCAUCACCGCGGUGUAUGAGCUAGGAUGUCUCUUUGGCGCCAUGUUCGCCCUGUUCGCAGGUGAUCGACUGGGUCGACGAUGGAUGAUUAUCUGGGGUGCUCUGGUCAUGAUCAUUGGCGUGGUCAUCCAGGUCACCGCUUUCGCCGAUCAUAUCCCCCUGUUGCAAUUCAUGUUUGGCCGUGUUAUCACUGGUAUUGGAAAUGGAAUGAACACGUCCACAAUUCCCACCUACCAGGCUGAGUGCUCUCGCACGAGCAACCGGGGUCUCUUGAUUUGCAUCGAAGGCGGUAUCAUUGCCAUUGGUACCAUGAUCGCCUACUGGAUCGACUUUGGUGCGGCCUAUGGUCCUCCUGACUUGGCUUGGCGUUUCCCAAUCGCCUUCCAGGUCGUGUUCGGUGUCAUUAUCAUCGUGGGCAUGUACCUCUUGCCGGACUCGCCUCGUUACCUGAUUGCCAAGGGCAAAGUUGAAGAGGGCGAGUACGUUCUGGCUGCCUUGGCUGGCAAGGAGGCUCAUGAUCCAGAGACUCAGCUUCAGAAGAAGCAAGUGAUUGAGUCAAUUGAAGCUGCUGGUGCUGCGGAGGGGGCAGGUUAUUCUGACCUCCUUACCGGCGGCAAGUCUCAACAUCUCCGCCGUAUGCUCAUCGGUUCGUCAUCGCAGAUCGCUCAGCAGCUGUCUGGCUGCAACGCAGUCAUUUACUACCUCCCCGUUCUGCUGAAGCAAUCGCUUGGCCAGACAGAAUUCAUGUCCAUGCUCAUCGGUGGUAUCAACAUGAUUGUCUACGCCAUCUUCGCCACCUUCUCCUGGUUCUUCAUCGAGAAGAUUGGUCGUCGCAAGCUAUUCAUCGGCGGUAUGGGCGGCCAGAUGGUCUCCAUGGUCAUUGUCUUUGCCUGUCUGAUUCCCGAUGAAACCGGUCCCGCCAAGGGCGCUGUUUUCGGUCUCUUCCUGUACAUGGCCUUUUUCGGCGCUGCCAUGCUCCCGCUUCCCUGGCUGUAUCCCGCUGAACUGUCGCCUACUCGCACUCGUGCCAAGGCCAAUGCUGUCUCGACUUGCUCCAACUGGCUGUUCAACUUUACCGUUGUCAUGAUCACACCGGUCAUGGUCGCUAGCAUUGGCUGGGGCACAUAUCUGUUCUUCGCCGCCAUGAACGCCAUUUUCAUCCCCAUCAUGUACUCCUUCUAUCCCGAGACCGCGGGCCGCUCUCUGGAGGAGAUCGAUCUCAUCUUUGCCAAGGGCUACUGCGACAACAUCAGUUACGUCAAGGCCUCUCAUGAGCUGGCCAAAAUGUCGGAGCGCGAGAUUGAGGAGAAGGCUGUCGAGUAUGGCUUUACUGAUCGCAAUGGCUCUGUCGACCCAGAGAAGGGUCGAUCAUCUCGGUCCUCAGACGAGCAUCAGGAGCAUCGUCUAUAA